AUGCCCUCCACCAUGGCAGACGCGGUAGCUGAGAUCGAGAGCACCCUCGACACCGGUAUUGCCACCAUCAAGGGCCUUAUUCCCAUGAUCUGGGUCCAAAGCAAAACUUCACCAGUCCAGUUCCUCGUCGGCGGCGUCGCCGUACUGUUGUCGUACUUGCUCCUCACCAUCUCACCACCUCAUGAUCCGUCCGAACCACCCCUCAUCAAGCCCAGGUUUCCAGUAAUUGGCCAUCUCUUUGGUCUGCUGAACCACCAAGUCAACUACUUCAGCGAGCUAUUCACGCGGCAUCAUUUGCCCAUCGCAACUCUCCCCAUCGGUAACCAGAAACUCUACGUUAUCUUCGAUGCGCCCCUACAACAGGCCGCUCUCAAGGCCAAGGACAUGGACGCGCAGUCUUUCAUGGUGGACUUUGUCCCGCGCAUCUUUGGCGUUAAACAAGGUACGGUCGACAAGCUCCUCGGAAAGGAUGGCGUGCACCCAAACAUCAUGGGCGACAUGGAACAGGUCUUCAAGUCCGCGCUCUCGGGAGACAACCUUCAGAAGUUGGCCAGCACCACUCUUGGGACCAUGGCCGAUACCUUGAACGAUGUGGAUUCCAAGAAGGGCACCAAGAUUCCCAACAUGUUUCUCUGGCUUCAGUCACUUCUUAGCAGAUCCACAUCAAAGGCAUUGUGGGGAGAGAAGCACAACCCGUUCAAAGACCACCAAGUCAUUGACGCCCAGUGGGACUUCGAAUCCCACCUCGGCCCCUUGGUCCUCGGGGUCCUCCCAUCCAUCGUCGCCCGCCGCGCCUAUCUCGCCCGCAACAAAGUCCAAUCCGCACUUCUUUCCUACUUCAGCGCGCGCCAUUACGAGACUGACCCGUCCACCUCCUACUUCAUCCGCGCUCGUACCCGUCUGCUGAAAAAGUACGAUCUUCCCGAUGACGAACUAGCCAAGAAUGAAGUAGCCAUCACCCUUGUCGCCACUACCAACGUUCUAUCCACUCUCUUCUGGUGCAUCGCCGAAAUCUGGACGCGCCCUGAUCUCUUACAACAAAUUCGCGCCGAAGCUUUGCUGGCCGUCUUUGGCAACAGUCAAAAAGCUCUUUCGGGUGAGGACAUGGGAACAAGAACAAUCACCAUCCCCGCCACCGGCCUCGACGCCAAGUGCCCCCUUCUCGCCUCCUGCUUCCGGGAAUCUAUCCGGCUUGCCUCGCAGAUCGUUACCGCCCGACGCGUGCUCAAGGAUACGAUGCUCACCGACCCCGUCUCGGGAAAUUCCUACAUGCUGAAGGCUGACACCAAUGUCAUGAUGCCUGCGAAGGUAGUCCACCGGAACACCGCCGUCUGGGGCGCUGAUGCUGAGGGUUUCAACCCGCGUCGGUUCAUGUGGGAGGAGCUGGGUCCGAAGGUGGAGAGGCAGAGGAAGGCGGCCUUCGUCCCCUUUGGCGGUGGAAAGCACAUGUGUCCGGGAAGACAUUUUGCGUUUACCGAGAAUUUGGCGUUGAUGGCGGCGUUGGCAAUUGGAUUUGAAAUUGAGGGAUUGGAUAGAAGUAAGUUGAAGAUGGGCGACUCCAAGAGGGGCGAGACGGCGAAGCCGUUGCCGGGAUUGGAGGGUGGAGAGGUGGUUUUGAAGAAGAGGAAGGGGUGGGAGGGCGUUGAGUGGAAGUUUAGCUGCUAG